AUGAUCGGAACAAGUCUAUUACGAGCUGCCCUGUUCGUCUUGUGCGCUCUGUCUGCUAAUGCAGACAUCGACCCUUUCUACCAGUCGACUAGGUUCGACAGCGGCCGCGCCGGCUCCUGGCCUCAUCAGAAAUUUGCGUCCGACACCACCGUGACGGCGCCCAUUCUCAACUUUGUCCGCUACGGUCCGCAGUGUCAAGAUGAUUUGUAUACGUUCAUUUCACCGUACGGUGGUGCCGUGCCCAGCCCGGGCCCUAUGAUACUCGAUCAGGAUGGCCAUGUUGUCUGGGCGAAAUCAUGGGGCCGUACGUAUAAUAUGAACGUGCAGAACUACAAAGGCGAGGACUUUAUCACCUUUUGGGUGGGAAACGAUGGUGUUGUUGGCCAUGGCGAUGGAACCUAUUACAUGAUCGACAGCAACUACCAAACUCGACACCAGCUUCUCGGCUCCGACGGGCUGCGUGGCGAUUUACACGAAUUCCGCAUCACUAUCGACGAUACAGCUGUCUAUACUAUAUACGACAAGAGACCUGCUGACUUAAGGACUGUCGGUGGACCUGAGGAUGGCUGGCUCUGGGACGGAACAUUCCGGGAAGUCGAUGUCGAGACCGAGGACGUUCUAUUUGAGUGGCGGGCCUCGGAGCAUUACGACUUUAGUGAAGCGAAUCGGACGCGCGAGGGCCAUGGCGACACCGUCGACGAUCCCUGGGAUUUUUUUCACAUCAACAGCAUCGACAAAGACAACAAGGGCAAUUUCCUGAUUUCAAGUCGCUAUUAUAAUGCUCUCACCUAUAUUGAUGGCCGCACAGGCGACGUUAUCUGGAAGCUGGGCGGCGCAGGCAAUAUGUUUACCGACUUGUCUGACGGCGCAGCCACUAACAUUAGCUGGCAACACCACGCCCGCUGGAUAGAUCACGGUGAAAGCAUCACCAUUUUCGACAAUGCAGGGCGUGGCGAAGGUGCGCCUAUUCACGUCAGUCGUGGUCUCUGGAUCGACAUUGAUCAAGAGAAGAUGACUGCCAAGGUUCGCCACGAGUACUGGAACCCCAGCCCCAUCAGUAGCCAGUCACAGGGCUCAGUUCAGGUACUCAGCAACGAUAGGGUGCUCGUCGGUUACGGUUACAAUGCAGGUUGGACCGAAUUCACCACUGAUGGUGAGCCCGUGUGUGAGGUCCGCCUCGGUCCGCAAAGAGGGUUCGGUGAGGGCGAAGUAUGUUCCUACCGGGCUUUCAAGCACCGGUGGGUUGGAAAGCCGAUUUCGAGACCCUCGUGGGUGAUCUACGGGAGAGGCACGAAUAUUGGAUAUGCGAGCUGGAAUGGUGCUACCGAAAUCAAGACAUGGUUGUUGGAAGGGUCGGAGUCUGCAGAGGUGGAUUCCAGCAACAAUGAGCCACAACCGGAUGUCAGGACUGUGAUGGUCGUACAAAAAGUGGGCUUCGAGACGGUCAUCCCUAUUCCUUCAUGGUGCACUUAUCCGCACCUGCGAGUGGUCGCUAUAGAUGAAUCAGGUAACCGGAUCGGUGCAUCUUAUUUCGUGAUGGCGAAGGAUGACACUGCCGUUCCAACAACAAAUAUUAUCAGGCCCUCUACACCGCAGGUAGAAAGUGUGCCAGAAGAAGAAGCCAAUCACGAAGAAGAUGCUAAAGUAGAGGAGGAGAACACGGGCGAAAAUACCACAGAAGAGGAAGCCAUAGAAGAGGAGCAGGCCAAAGAAAACGGAGAGGGAACUUUGCCCACUACCGGCAUAUCUGCGAUCUCAAUCCUCCUAAUUGUAGCCAGCUCGAUCUGUGGUCUGCUACUUAUCAUCUGGGGCAUCCGAUACUUGCGCCGAUUCCGCCGACGCCGCGGCUGGUUUUACCGAAAUGGCGACAGUCUCGAAGAGGGGAAGUUUUCGAAAAGCGGCCGAUCCAGUCCGAGCAGCGAUGCAGAUGACGGGGAUCUCAGUGGAGAAGAUGAGCGCUUAAUACGUGCUCAUGAAUUCGAAAUCCCGUUUGAUGCAAAUGAAGAGGCAAAUGCAGAGGCAUCGCGAAGCGGACAUGCCUCAGUGGAUAGAUAG